AUGAGCAGUGAUAAAAAAACAAUCGAUGAAGAAACUACACGUAUCAAACAAUUAUUACAAGAUCAAGAAAAAGAAAUCAAAGAGGCAAAGGACAAUUAUGAAAAGUUGCUCGACUUAUUUGAUAAUGUGAAAAAAAAUGUAGCUGAUGUUAUAAAAGAUAACUUACCUGAAAUCUUGAAGAAGGCACUCGAAGAUGCCAACAUCGAUGAUGAUGUGAAAGAUACUGUAAUUGAAAAAUCCGGAGAAGUGAUCACUAAAUUAAACGAAAAGGUUAAAGGUAUUGGAGUAGAAGAAGAAACAAACGUGUUAAAGAACAUUCAAAGAACUAAAUCUACAAACACAGAAAUUCCAGAAAACAUUGAAGAAAUCGUAAAAAAGAAAUCAUUUGAUCCUAUCAAUAAAAUCAAAGAUAAAAUUUUAGAAGCAUUAAGAGAUCAUGAAUUAGAUAAAGAUGAGAAAAAAGAUCUUUUGAAUAAUGACAAAUUUAAUCCUAUAUUUUGGAGAGAAAAAAAUUUCAACAAACAUUUUGGAGAAGCGUUAAAAGAUUCUGAUUAUGACCAACAAGAAAAAAAGGAACUCGAAAAUUUUUAUAAUUAUAAUGGUAAAGAUGACUACAUUAUUGUUCCACAUUUGUGGAGUAGAAAAAAUUAUGAUAAAUUUAUGAAUAGUAUAGAAGGUUUACAAAUACCUUUUUUUGAACUUAAAACAGCUUUUAAAGAUAUUAUUAACGUUAAUACACCAAUUUUUCCUGACAGAUUUUAUUCUGUUCAAAAAAAAAUGUCAUAUUCUGUUAAACAAAAAGUUGAGUUAGCAGCUGAAGCUGCACGCCUUGCACAACUUUUAGAAGACCAAGAAAGAGAACUCGAUGUAUGGAAAGACGUUUAUAACAAAUUAUUUGAUAAAAUAGGAAAAGUUAAAGAUGAUAUAACUAAAGCUGUAGAAGAAAAUCUACCUACUAUCUUAAACGACGCACUCAAAGAAGCUAAAAUUGGUGAUGAUAUUAAAAAAACAAUAAUUGAUGAAACAGCUAAAGUUAUUAGUGAGAUUGAUAAAAAUCAAGAAUAUGAUGAUUUACAAAAACAAAUCGAUGAUUUAAAAAAUACUAAAAGAGGUUGA